AUGCACGAAUAUUACACUUUAGAAGACUUCAAACAGUAUUGGAAAACGACACUGAAAUGUGUGGAUGCAGAUUUUGCUUUGCUUCCCACCGAACUGCUGGUGAAAAUCUUCCGAUAUCUUUCGGUGGCUGAUCGUAAUGCGGCAAGCUUCACCUGUUGGCAGUGGUACGAGGCGUCCAAAUAUCUGGGCUUCGCUCAGAAAAAAUGUUUGCAUUUAAUUGGAAUCGAAUUCGACGAUUUCAAAGCACCAGUUAUGGAUCUGUUGAAUAGCAGUCACUUUUUCCCGGUCAUCAAGUUGACCCGGGUUAAGCUGAACAGUUACAGUAAAUUUUGGGCCGAAUUUGGACCGUUUAUCCGUGAGAUAACCUUCGAGAAGUGCAUGAUCUGGCGCGAGCGGAUCAUCUCCGUGUUCAGGCACAUGCCAAACUUGCGCAUGGCACGAUUUGUAGAAUGUGAUCUGCUCCGUGACGAUCUCUUCAAAAAGUGGAAGUUCUUCGAAAAUGGACUCGUGAAUAUUUACUUUCCUAGCGUUAGACAUCUCAGUUUGGCCAAAAACAACUUCAGUGAGUUACAGUUUAACGUACUCGUUGACAUGUUGCCAAAUCUUACCGAAGUGGACUUUUCGAGCUGUUUCCGAAAUAUUGGAGCGACCAGGAAAGCUCAGCUGCUGAAUUGUAUUCUAACCUUCAUUCAGCAUAGACAGAAUGAUCUGAAAACUUUGAACCUAGCUGGUGUUGCAGUUGAUGAUCUGUUUCUUCGAGGGGUGGUCGAGUCCCGAGGUCUUCAGUUGGAAGCUCUGAGCUUUACCUAUCUGGAGAAGAUGCCACGCAAAGAACCGGCCAUAAUCGAUCUGUUACGGCAGCAAACUGCUAUCGGUACACUUGAUCUGUCCCAGUCAACUGGAGUAACUGAUUUCUGUGUGGAACAGAUGGUUAAAUACAUGCCCGAUUUGAAGCUACUAAACCUGAGUGGGUGUUGUGGUGUCUCCGAUUACGGAGCAGCACAAGUUUUCAAACUUCGUCAACUAAAGUGCUUAAAUCUUUCAAGCUGUCGCAUUUCGAAACGAGGGAUUUUCGAGGGGAUGGCAAACAAUAAUAAGAUUAGUUUGAUAGAAUUGCACCUCGAAAACCUUAGUCCUUUAGAUGAUGAAUGUUUCAUAAAGAUUGGGUUAAGUUUUCCGAACCUCACUCUGUUGAACUUGGCAGGUUCGGCCUCCUGCAUGACUAAUUGUGCUCUGCAACAUGUGUUCCUUCAUCUAACCAACCUUAAGCAUCUUAAUCUAGAACGAAGCACUAAGCUUACAGAUGCAGGAUUCACCGGAAUAGAUCUGCCACAGAAAACGUUCGCCAUAUGGGACAUAGCGGAGACAUUCUCGAUCGAUAGGCUGAAAAAGCUACGCAUAUUGAAAGUAUCAGGCUGCUUCAAAAUCACGGACUUUACACUACGGUACGCGUUCCGUUUUAUGGAGCUUAAGGAACUUUCCAUAUCCCGAUGCCAUCAGAUUUCAAAGCAGGGCAUUGAAAAACUGGUAACAAGCUGUCCUGCUCUGGAGUUUCUGGAUCUGAGUGAAUGUCAAAACAUUAACGACAACUGCCUCGAAUUGAUUGCAAUGAACUUGAAACGGUUGAGCACACUGAAAAUAUCAAACUGCCCGCUGGUUAGCGAAGUUGGACUACAUUAUCUCUCAACAUACUGUAAAAAUCUAAAGGUAUGCUAA